AUUCCCUCGCCAAAGAUAUCUGCAAGCUGCAGGCAGGAGCUGAGGUGAGAUCCUAUGGAGGGGAGCGGCGGCGGCAAGCACUUCAUCCUCGUCCACGGCCUCUGCCACGGCGCGUGGUGCUGGUACAAGCUGGUGCCGAUGCUCCGCGCCGCCGGGCACCGUGUUACGGCGCUCGACAUGGCCGCGUCCGGCGCGCACCCGGCGCGCAUGGACGAGGUGGCGUCCUUCGAGGACUACUCGCGGCCGCUGCUCGACGCCGUGGCCGCGGCACCGGCUGGCGAGAGGCUGGUCCUGGUCGGGCACAGCCUCGGCGGGCUCAACCUCGCGCUCGCCAUGGAGGGAUUCCCGCGCAAGGUCGCCGCGGCCGUGUUCCUCGCCGCGUGCAUGGCGUGCGCCGGCAGGCACAUGGGCGUCACCAUCGAGGAGUUCUGCAGAAGAACCCCAGCCGAUUUUUUCAUGGACAGCAAGAGCAUGGUUCUGAACACAGACCAAGGCCCUCGGCCUGCAGUCGCGCUUGGCCCCAAAUUGUUGGCAGCGAAAUUGUACGAUCGAAGCUCAGUCGAGGACCUGAUGCUGGCCACGUUGCUGGUGAGGCCGGGCUGCCAGUUCGUGGACGAUCCGUUGAUGAGGGACGAGGCUCUGCUCACCGACGCCAACUACGGGUCGGUGAAGAAGGUGUACGUGGUGCUCAAGGACGAUGCUUCAUCCUCCGAGGAGAUGCAGCGCUGGAUGGUCGACCUGAGCCCUGGCACAGAAGCCGAGGAGCUGGCCGGAGCCGACCACAUGGCCAUGUGCUCAAAGCCCAGGGAACUCUGUGAUGUUUUGCUCAGGAUCGCCAGCAAGCAUGACUGAGAAUGAUUGUGCAUAUCCAGCCAUACAACAAGCAUGCCAGACUGUUAGAAAAAAGAAUUCCAAAAUCUAGUACACCCUUCGAUCCGAAUUAAUGGACACGGCAUUGUAUAGAGAUUGCGUCCAUUAAUUUAAUUUAGAUCGGAGGGAGUAAAGAAUCGACUGAUCGACAAAUGCCAGACUAAAGCAUCAGGAAUUCAGGAUAAGAGUAACUCUAGCAGAUCCCC